AUGAGCGCUACACUUCAACCUUAUCUGGAAGCAGUGCGUCACACACUCGAGGCGGCUCUUUGCCUUGAGCAAUUCAGUUCACAAGUCGUUGAAAGGCAUAAUAAGCCAGAGGUUGAAGUGCAAACUUCGAAGGAAUUGCUGAUGACGCCGGUAGUUGUGGCUCGCAAUAAACAAGAACGCGUGUUGAUCGAGCCAUCUGUGAAUUCAGUCAGAAUAUCGAUUGCUAUCAAGCAAUCUGACGAGAUCGAGAAGAUUCUAUGUCAUAAGUUCACAAGGUUCAUGUGCCAAAGAGCUGAUAACUUCUUCGUGCUUCGUCGUAAGCCAUUACCAGGGUACGAUAUUUCAUUUCUGAUCACUGCUUCUCACACCGAAGCGAUGUUCAAACAUAAGCUCGUUGACUUCCUGCUCCAUUUCAUGCAAGAGAUCGAUAAGGAAAUCUCCGAAAUGAAGUUGUCACUCAACGCUCGCGCCCGUGUGUCAGCUGAAGAGUUCUUGAAACGAUUCAACUAA